CAGUUUCAACCCGGGGAGUAUACUUUUUCGCCCCUCCUUUCCUUUCACCCUACAAUGAAUUCCUUCCCGUUUGGUGAACAAGAUUUCGAUAUAUUGCGCCGAUCCGAUCAAUAAUUGUUGCUCCAGAACACUCCACGCCAAAGGUACCACUCCUUCUCAACGAAAAUGGCUACAACACCACCUCCAGACGAGCCAGCCAGCGCAGCAGAGGAGACCACUGCACAGGGUCAAACCCCCCAAACCGCCACGUUACCCCGUCGACCACAAGAGCAACAACAGAAAGACAUCUUCCAGGCCCAAGAAGCCAAUGAUACAUCCCGCGCCUUGCAGCGACAGCCCCGGCGACAGCGACGUCAACAGCAACAGCAAGAGCAAGUCACUUCCGCCUCCGAUACCGAAACCUCAGUCGACGAAUCGAUCGGCGGCGCGCGCGAGGAGCAGCAGCAACAACAACAACAAGCCACGACGACGCUGCGAGGAGGCCAUCAGGAUUGGUCGCUCGAGCCGGAGCCCGAGAAGGAAGAUACCGGGCUGAAGCUGCGGCUAGAUUUGAACCUGGAUGUCGAGGUGGAGCUGAAGGCGAAGAUUCAUGGGGAUAUCACUCUGGCGCUCUUGUAAGUUCUUUUCUCGGGCAGUAUUCGUCGUACUUGCCAGGCUGUAUGGGGCUGCAUUCGGGGGGUUAAACCAUGACUACCCGGGGAAAGGGGCACACUGCUAAUGCUUUUAAGGUCUUGAUUAUAGUGCGUAAUCCCAAUGUGCAUUGCUGGAAGAUUGA